AUGGUCUUUGAGACGACCGCUACUUUGGGCAAUGCGUGCGCGCUGAUACCUUCCGAUGGCCCGUCCCGGGCCCCGGGUACUCACAACUUGAAGUAGAUAUAUAUCGAGUUAUUCUCGCGAUGAGUACUUACCCGUCUUAGCGCCCGUCGUCCACCGCCCUUCUCACACCCAUAUCAUGCUCUCCCCCAAGACCUCCAGCCCUUCACUGUCCCCACGACUCUACCGUCAUGUCGCGCGCGCCCUGGCGGUGUGGUAUAUCCUAUGCACCGUCUCGGGGCAGCUGCCCAUCCUUUUCACAAUUGCUCGCCAUGGCAAAGCCGUCGACGACACAUAUGUGAACACGCAUCUCGCCGUGCCAUUGGUAUUCACGAUUCUCACCCCCAUCUACGCAUCAUGCCUCGUCUAUGCAAUAACCCUGUGGAUUCGCCCCGCCGAGCGCCCCGACCCGCUGCAGUUCGGCACCAUCAACGUCCACGUGUGCCUCUGGCUCUGCUGCGGCGUCGUCCCCGGCCUGUGGCCCCUCUUCCGCGCGCCGUCAGAAGACAUGCAGCAGUGCAUCAAGCAGUGGCCGUGGUGUCUUGUCCUGCUGCAGCGCAACCUCGCUCCGGCAGCCAUCUGGAUUGCCUUGCUAUGCGCGUCGAUAGGCAGCUACCAGCCGGGAACGGAGUAUUAUUUGUUGCCUGCGUGGCGAUAUUACUCGGGGGGAAGGGAAACGGACGGCGACGCAGUGGACAAGACCAAGGUCUUUGGAAAGCAGGUCGAUUGAUAGGGAGACGGAGAGGUAGGAAGACAGUGAGGCAUUACAGGUGUGGUCGUGGGGGUAGCGAAAGAUUAGGCCACGGUCCGUGCGAUACGCGUCGACGUUUGGCGUUGUUUUGUGUCAAAGACUAA